CUCUUGGCUGCUGCCGGUAAGAACCAAGCCGUAGAGCGCGUGGUUGCACCCCUAUGAUGACGGCAUCGCGCCGAGUGAGCAUCGCACGCCGUGCGGUAACAGAAAGCCUGGUUGAUCCGAAACAGCACGGCCCAUGUAAUCCAUGGCUAGCAUGACAGGAUCCCAGCUGGCUUACCCACUGCACGGAGCGACCUCAGGGAUUGGUCCUGAUUAGACCGGGCCACAGUCAAUCUCCGUCAACUCCUUAUAAAGGAUCCAUGCGGAUUCUUGUGCGCCCACUGCUCGGAAGGUAGCGGUCGUGGAGAUGCAGUCCUGCAGUCUGCUUCCGUACCCAGCCAAGUAGUACUUAGAAGGGUAUCCCUCGCGCAGCUACUUGUGGUGGUACAACUCUUCCUUGCAUUUACUUGUGGCUUGCUAAAAUGACCAGCGUUACUCCCCAGCUGCCUCCAGCAGCUUUGCGCAUUCUGCCGCGAUUCCUAAUCACAGCGAUAUAUCCGUUCUUGUCAACUCUGCUCAACCUAAUUCCAGAACAUGCGAAAUCGCACCUUCUUCAAUCGAGUGGAGCGCAAUACUUUCUACCCUCGGUCUGGCAGCAGGUUGAUUACGACAUCCGUGAAUUUCUUACGCCCCAUGGACGAUUUUGGUGGCAGACCACCGGGUACGUGCUCAGUUUGCUCCUUCAGGAUGCAGGGUACUCGGAUGGCGCACAGCAACGUAUCCUGGCCUUCUUCAGUUGCAGCAUCGCUCCGCACCUCGGUGUUGCGAAUGAGCCCGGCGCACAGAGAUGGCCGAGUUUCAUGACGGACAACCACAACCCGAUUGAGCUGAGUUGGGACUGGCAUACAGGAAACAGGUCUCCAACGGUUCGGUUCUCAAUCGAGCCCGUGGGCCCUAAUGCCGGAACGCCAGUGGAUCCCGACAACCAAACGGCAGACUCGCGCUUCCGGCACGUCUUGCGACACACUUCUCCCAACACUGAUUGGGAGUGGUUUGACCAUUUUGACCGGGCGUUGGCCCCGGACACACACCCCAGGGGCUACAUGGAGGGCCAUCCCUCCAAGAUCUUCUACGCAUUUGACUUGGGCGACAAUGAUAUCACCAGCAAGGCAUACUUCUUCCCCGGUUUCAGGGCCCGGGCGACAAACCAGACUAACCUGCAAGUCCUCGCGCAAGCCAUUCGCACGGCACCCCUUUGUACUGACCAUGACCGACUGGGCGCCUUUGCACUGUUUGAAGACUUUGCCAACGACGUUUCGACACCGCCCCUGGAGAUGGAUAUGCUAGCUAUUGACAUGAUCCCAGCUGUGGACUCGCGGCUCAAGAUUUACUUUCGCAAUCGCCAGACGAGCUUUGCCUCAGUUCGUCAGAUGAUGACGCUGGGAAACCGAAUCACCGGUCACUCAUUGGAUGUCGGGCUGCAGAAUCUGAGGAGGCUGUGGGACGCGCUGCUAGGACAGGUUGGUGUUCCUGAGGACACACCGCUGCCAGGGGGUAAUCAUCGCACGGGAGGCAUUUUGUACAACAUGGAGUUCCGCCCAGGGGGCACGACCCCGAAGGUCAAGAUUUAUAUUCCCGCCCGACAUUACGCGCCGAGUGACUGGCAUGUAGUGACGGCACUGAAUGAGUACAUGUACGGGGCCAACGGCCAGUCUGAAAAGCUCAAUAUGCCUACCUACUCCGACGCCUUCCGCAAAGUAUUUACACAGGAUUCCCUUCAGGAGAGGGGUCUCCACACAUACAUUGCGUGCUCGGUCCAAGCGGGUGGUGACCUCCGGGUUGUAUCGUACAUCAAUGCUCAGAGCGAAAAGCUCGUUCUGGGAUGAGCUCGUGGACCUGGCAGAAUGAUUUAUGACCAACGACCUGUGUAUGUUUUUCCUUCCUCAUCUUCUGGCUCUUCUACACAAUAUUUCGCUUCCUACUGUACAUAGCUAUUAUGACUACCUACCUAUUCUACCACCCGGAGCCAGGAAGGAUCACGAGACCCAGGCUUACAAGAGGCACACCCACAGAACAUCCGUAGUACUAUACUCCGUAGAACACCGAGAAAUGAC